CUCCCCCUCUCUGUUCAGCCCUUCCCUCCCACUUUACUGCAGCAUGCAGCAAUCAACAGCUCUACUGAUUCUAAGAUCUCUGGAAGUCUAGUUCGUGGACAUCAUUAAAAGACCAUCUAAUCAGAAUGUACAGCGAGUUCUUCAUAAUUGUGUAAAGGUCAACAGUGCUCAGGAUCGGAGCACAAAAACGAUAAUUGUGUGGAGCUGGUAAAGACGAGAUGAAGGACUGUUCUGUAGCUGAGGAAGAGGCUCCACCUUGUCCACCACAGACUGGAUACCGUAUCAGUCUCGUCAAGUCCAUAUUUCUUUAUCCACUGGCAGCACUACCCCUUGGCUUUGGCCUACUUCUAGCCUACUGGUUUCCCCAUGUUUGGCUGCGCCUCAUCUCCAGGGCUACUCCUCUCAGUCAAGCCACCUAUGUCAUUGUCAAGGAUGCAGAUGGGAAAAAUCGUGUAGAGCGUGUGCACACCGUACAACUUCCAUCGGAUAGACAUACCGAUUGUGAGUUGAAUCACCUGGCAUUCAACUCAGUGAAUGAAACAGUGUCCAUGGAGUCUGGUAAUGGAAGUAUCCGAUACCUCACACACAGACACCUCAGGUACGAGCACAGCCGUGAUGAGGACCAAUUCAUUCUCAUCAGAGGGCUUGAUUGCAAUAUUCCCUGCUCUGACAUUCAUGGUAUGCGUGCUGGCUUGUCUACACGGACUCACCACCAGAGACUGCUGCGGCACGGUCCUAACUCUAUAAACAUCCCAGUGAAGCCCUACUACUUGCUGCUCAUACAAGAGAUACUCCACCCAUUCUACAUAUUCCAGAUGGUGGCUCUGAUCUGGUGGAGUCUGGAGGAUUACUACUAUUAUGCAGGUGCUAUUUUCGUAAUCUCUAUGAUCUCAGUGACUGUGAGUCUGGUUCAAACGAGGCGCAACCUCCAGCAGCUUCACGACCUCAUUGCCCACUCCUGCACAGUGACAGUGCUCAGGGGGAACAAAGAGAUGGAUGGUGUGGCAAGUGAAGAUCUGGUGCCAGGAGAUGUGCUGGUGAUACCUCCCACAGGGCUCGUGCUCCCAUGUGAUGCUGCUCUCGUCAGUGGUCAAGCCAUCGUCAAUGAAGCUAUGCUCACAGGUGAGAGUGUGCCUGUGACCAAGACUACCCUCCCAGCUGAUGAAGCCAGCUACCACUCCUCUCAACACAAGAGACACACACUCUUCAACGGGACACAAGUCAUUCAGACUCGCUCCUAUGGUCAUGCCAACGUAGCUGCUGUUGUUAUCCGAACAGGAUUCUCAACAUCCAAGGGAGGCUUAGUGAGGUCAAUCCUCUUCCCAAAGCCAGUCAACCUCAAGUUCUACUCUGAUGCUGUCAAGUUCUUAUUUGUUAUGGCACUCAUAGCACUGGCAGGCUUUGUGUACACAAUUGCCAUCUCUCAAGUUCAUGCGUACAAUGUGAAGGAGACUAUAUUUCGAGCUGUAGACGUUUUUGCAAUCGUGAUUCCACCAGCCCUACCAGCUGCUCUUACAGUGGGAACAGUGUACGCCCUCAGCAGACUCAGAAAGCACAACAUUUUCUGCACCAGUCCACAGAGAGUGAGUCUGUGUGGAAAGAUAAAGCUGGUGUGCUUUGACAAGACGGGUACUCUCACUGAGGACAAUCUGGGCAUGAUGGGAGUGAGGCCAACCAGCCAUGGAACAUUCGACAGUUUGGUAAAGGACCCUUGCACUCUGAUCCCUGGCCCAUUGCUGCACGCCAUGGCAACCUGUCAUUCCCUCUCAAUCAUCAAUGAGAAGCUGUCAGGUGACUUGUUAGACAUCAAAAUGUUUGAAGCAACUGGAUGGGUGUUAGAGGAGCCAGGAGGGACGAGGGCCCACACAGUGUCACACCCCCAACAGUGUCCCUAUACUGAGCAGGCAGUGGAGCUGGCCAUACUAAAGCAGUUCACAUUCUCGUCAGAGUUGCAGAGGAUGAGUGUGUUGGUGAGUGACCGGCCCUCCUCCAAAACACCCAACACACUCACUCAGUGCCAUGUUUAUGUGAAGGGAGCUCCCGAGACCAUUGAAAGUCUUUGUACACAAGACUCUGUUCCAAACAACUUCAAUGAAGUAUUGGGACUACUAACUCAACAAGGAUUCCGAGUGCUCGCACUGGCUUACAAAAACUUGGAUGUUAAUGGGCAAGAAAUUGACAAAGUUAAAAGAGAGCAGGCUGAGUGUGAGUUGUGUUUUGCUGGGCUCAUCGUGUUGCAGAACAAACUAAAACCAGCCACAGCACCAACUAUACUAACCCUACAGAAUGCUGAUAUUCGCACAGUGAUGAUCACAGGAGACAACAUUCUCACUGCAAUCUCUGUGGCGAAAGAGUGUCGGAUGGUGCCCAAAACUGACCAGAUUGUCAUGGUGACGGCCUCGAUGAGUGACACUCCCACCCUCUCAUAUCACCUAGUACAAGAUCAGUGUAAUAGCUUAAUUGAUACAAGUGCCGUAGAGUUUGAACCUGCUGUGACUGACACCUGUAUUCCACUGUUACACGAUUCCGGAUUUACUUCGUUUCACUUGGCUGUUGAUGGGAAGACAUUUGCCAUCAUCAGAGAGCACUUUUUUGACUCCAUUUAUCAGAGGCUCCUCGUUAAAGGGACGGUGUUUGCUCGAAUGUCUCCUACACAAAAAGCACAGCUUGUCACUUCACUCAUGGGAAUAGGAUAUGGUGUCUGUAUGUGUGGAGACGGUGCUAAUGACUGUACGGCACUGAAGGCGGCACAUGCUGGUAUUUCCUUAUCAGAGACUGAAGCGAGUGUUGCCUCGCCUUUUACAUCCAAGAUUUCAGACAUAACGUGUGUGCCUAAGCUCAUCAGAGAGGGUCGGGCUGCUCUAGUAACGUCGUUCAGUGCAUUCAAGUUCAUGGCACUAUAUGCCUUCAAUCAGUUCAUUUCCGCAGCCAUUCUAUAUGGAUAUGAAUCGAACCUGGGAGCUCUGCAAUACCUCUACAUUGAUCUUUUAAUGGUUUUGAUUAUCUCUUUCACAAUGGGGUUCACAUCUGCCUAUCCUCGGCUGGUAAAAAGACGGCCCCUGGGCACGUUAGCAGGAAUACAUGUCCUUGUCUCCAUGGCGUUACAGACAUGUCUCUUGGCAGCCUUCCAGCUUGGGGCUCUUUACUACCUCUCAGCACGUCCAUGGUAUGUGCCACUGACUCCAGAUCCUAAUUCUCAGAACAUUGUUUCUAAAGAGAAUACCGUGAUCUUUCAGUUAGCAAACUUCCAGUACCUAGGUCUCAGCAUUGCUCUGUCUGUAGCAGCACCGUUCAGAAAGCCAAUCUUAACAAACUUAUGGUUUAUGCUGACACUAGCAAUCCUAUUUUUUUCUAACGUGUACAUCAUCAUGGCCCCGGGAGAUUGGUUGCCGUGGUUGUGGAAUUUGCUAGAAGUGGUGCCAAUCUCUAGCUGGACAUUCAAAGUUGGACUUUUGGAGCUUUCAAUACUCUACAUUGUUGUCAGUUACAUCAUGGAGACCCAUAUUCUGUCCACUGAGUGGAUGCGAGUGCUUCUGAGGUGGGUGAGAUGCAAACGCCGUCCCAAAAACCGCUACAAACACAUUCUUUCUUCCAUACCAAUUUCUUGGCCACCUGUGCCACAUGACAUGGUAGAGUCCAGUGUUCUUUAAUCUCUUAAGAAUUUGCAACCUUCUUUUUUUAAUCCUGUUUUGUACGAUUUUUUAAAUCCCGAAAAGUAUGACUGUUGUCCGAUCACAUAUUACCGUGGUACAA